GGGCCACUCCUUGCCGUGGGUCCCGGCUCCGUUGCUUGGAGAGAGGGUCGAAUCACUCGCCCAAGCCGUCGCCGCCGCCCACGCCCCCCCCCCCCCCUCCCUCCUCCCAGCGCCGCCCCGCCUCUCUCUCAGCGGCCCGUGAGUAGAAGCUCUCGCCCUCCCCACCGCCCACGUUUGCCGGCGGGCACUGGCUCAGGCCCCCUCUCCCAUAGCCCUGUCGCACGGCUUCCCCUCCAAACCCUCGCCCCCCUCCUCUGCCGCCGCUCUCGCGAAAGGGGCCGCCGCCGAUCGGUGGAUGGGCCGGUUCGGGUGGCUCCGGCUCGCGUCGAGGUCCCUCGCGCUCCGUUCCGGCGAGGCGUCUGCGCAGAGGAGCGCAUGGAUUCGGCCGUCCACACCUUGCAGCUCUAGUGGCACCUAUGUUGCUGAUAGGUGCUUUGGUCGAUCAGCGUUUACAUCAUCUAUACGGAGCAGGUUCUUUCAUUCUACAGGUCAACGUUAUUCGAUGGAGAAGGACUAUUACAAGAUUCUUGGUGUGACUAAAGAUGCCUCGCAAGAUGACAUAAAGAAGGCUUUUCAAUCUCUUGCAAAGAAGUACCAUCCAGACACAAAUAGAGGAAAUACUGCUGCGAAAAGGACGUUUCAGGAAGUAAGAGACGCAUACGAGACUCUUCGGGAUCCUUCAAAGAGACAGCAAUAUGAUAUGCUAUUUUCUAGAGGGUCAGAUGCAAAUUCCACAGGGGGUAGGGGAGAGUUUGAUGGAUCCUAUCAAGAUCCAUUUUCAGGAUUCAAAAAACAGAACAAUGACCCUUUUGCAGAAUUCUACAGACAAAAUGAUGGUCCUUUUUCUAAUCAAUUUUACAAAGUAUUCUCAGAGGUUUUCCAGCAUGAUGUAGACGUACAUGCCAGUGACAUUGAGAUCGAGCUGAAUCUGUCUUUUAGUGAAGCUGCUAAAGGAUGUACGAAGCAAGUUCCCUUUAGUGCAAAGAAUCUUUGCUACUCAUGUGACGGGAGAGGAUACCCGGCCAAUGCAAGAAAAUAUGUUUGCCCUUCUUGUAAAGGUGCAGGAAAAGUUAGUAUGUAUCCGUUCACAUCCAUUUGUACUACUUGCAGAGGCUUCGGCAAAGUGAUUAAGGAUCACUGCCUAACAUGCAGAGGUGCAGGGGUGGUAGAUGGUAUGAAAUAUGCAAACGUGAUCAUUCCAGCAGGAGUUGAUUCUGGUGAUACAAUUCACGUACGGGAGGCUGGAAAUAGCGGUGGACAUGGAGCCAUACCUGGAAGUCUAUACAUUAAGCUUCAAGUAGCAAGUGAUCCAGUGUUUGUUCGAGAUGGUGCUGAUGUACAUGUGGACAAAAAGAUAAGCUUCACACAGGCAAUGCUUGGUGGAAAAAUUGAAGUACCCACUUUAGAUGGUAAAACAGAAAUUAAGAUACCCAGAGGAGUUCAACCAGGGCAAGUUGUCAUUUUAAGGGGGAAAGGAUUGGAAUUGCCAAACCGGGCAGGAUAUUUCGGAGACCAACAUGUCCGUUUCAAAAUACAUUUUCCAUUGAACGUUAACGAACGUCAGCGUGCACUGUUGGAAGACUUUGCAGCAGAGGAAGCCACGAAAGAAGAGAGUUUUUUUGCAAAAGGAAACUGGUCGGAGCUUAUUGUUGAAAAUAUGAAGAACCAAAAUUUCAUGAUCGGGCUUGGCUUUGUCAUGCUGAUUUAUCUGAUGCUGAGCAAGACUUUGAGUUAAGGCUUCGAACCUGUGUGGUGGUAUCAAGCAGCGGUUAUAUCAGAAACUGAAUAGGGCAGUAGUACCUGGUCAAGGUUCUUUUUUGGCCAUGAGCAUUCACAAUUUUGGAGCCUCGGAAAGGAGGAUUACUGGUUCCUGUGGAACACAUAAGUCGCACGAAAUAAUUUACGAGCUGUCCUUUUUAUUGGGAAGGUGAUUAUCACAAAGGAUGUGCGGAGUUGGUUUUGACGCAUCAAUACUAGAUUGUUGUCAAGGCGCUCCUUAACAGUGCACUAGUAAUCGUGUUGUGCAAGAUGUUGGAUAGGAUAUUCGUUGCACGUCAUAUUAUGUAUAAUAUUAAUUAUGCACUAAACAUGCUGUUUCUCAUUAGAGCAAUAUAUAUCACUCGAUUGACAUGGUUUAA